UGUUUUAAGAUGAUGCCAUCACUAUUGUGGUCUGCGGUGGUCUUGCUGGCCUGCCUGCAACUGGGCUCCGCCUACAGACUGGCGUGUUACUUUGCCAACUGGGCUCAGUACCGACCCGGAGCGGCGAAAUACGUCCCCGAUGACAUCGACCCCUGUAUGUGCACCCACCUGAUCUAUGCCUUUGCCGUAAUGAGCAACAACAAGAUCGUCACCUACGAGUGGAACGACGUGACCCUCUACCACUCGUUCAACGCGCUGAAGACCAGGAACAAAAACUUGAAAACCCUGCUGUCUGUCGGAGGCUGGAACUUCGGAACUCAACAGUUCAGCACCAUGGUGUCCACACGUGAAAACCGUCAGACCUUCAUAACAUCCGCCAUCAGCUUCCUCCGAAAGUAUGGCUUUGAUGGUUUGGACAUCGAUUGGGAAUAUCCUGGAUCGAGGGGAAGUCCUCCGCAAGACAAGCAUCUCUUCACCGUGCUAACUCAGGAGCUGGUCUCAGCCUUCGAGGCCGAGGGGAAGAGCACAGGGAGGCCGCGGCUCCUGCUCUCGGCGGCCGUGGCUGCCGGCAGACCCACCAUCGAGACGGCCUACGAGAUCCCUCAGCUGGGACAAACUCUGGACUUUUUCAACGUGAUGACGUAUGAUUUCUAUGGAUCCUGGAACCCGUUCACCGGGGAGAACAGUCCUCUCUACGCACUCCCUAAUGCCCGCGGCAACAACGAGUUUUUCAAUGUGGACUACACCAUCAAAUACUGGAAGGAUAACGGUGCUCCGGCCGAGAAGAUCAACGUCGGAUUCCCUGCCUACGGACGCAGCUUCACGCUCCGAACGUCCAGCACGGCGGUGGGAGCCCCAUCUGUGGGCCAGGGGCCAGAGGGUCACUACACCCAGGAAGCCGGCUUCAUGGCAUACUUUGAGAUCUGCCUCUUCUUAAAUGGUGCUACGCAGAAAUGGGACACUCCCCAGAUGGUCCCAUAUGCCUACAAGGGAAAGGAUUGGGUUGGAUAUGAUAACCCAAAGAGUUAUGAAAUCAAGAUCAAGUGGCUGAAGGAGAACCAGAUUGGAGGAGCCAUGGUGUGGACCCUCUCCCUGGACGAUUUCAGCGGCACCUUCUGUCACCAGGGACGCUACCCUCUCAUCAGCAAGCUGCACUCUGAGCUCAACAUUAACCCAGAAUGUGUGGCUGGACCUGCCCCAACCCGUUCCCCUUUCUCCACUGAAGCUCCUACGCCUGCCACGGCUGCCCCCACUGGAACUACGAAAAGCCCUGGGAACCCUAACUUCUGCAAAGGGAAAUCCAAUGGUUUCCAUGCCGACCCCCAGAACAAGAAUGUCUACUACCAGUGUGUGAACGGAAAGACCUACGUGCAAAAGUGUGCCACUGGCUUGGUCUUCGACCCGUCCUGCGACUGCUGUAACUGGGCUUAAGGAGGCACAUGCAUUCUGCUCGGCCACAGUCCGACCCCAUGGAGGCUGGAACUGUCCAGGACCGAAUAUCUACCAACCGUCACCAUGACCACUCCAACAACUUCUCCCCAGGAGAGAUACUGAUUGAAAAUGGAAAAUAAAGAUUUUGC